AUGAAGAGGAUUCGAUGGGCUUCAAACAGCCUGAGCCUGAUUGGUCAGCUCGCCCUGAGAUAUGACCAGGCGCGCCAAUCGCUCGGUGUAUGCGCGGGAGGCUGCAACCCUGCAGGAGGUUUUCCCUCUUUCAAACACAGCUUGAAAGGUUGGAACUUGUUACUUGGGACUGGAAAAGCAACAUAUUUACGUACCAACAAACAAACAACUUCAAAGAAUUGUAAAGACAUCCAGUGGACGAGAAGACGGUUCGUUGGAAUUCGAUUUGACAACGGAAUAAUGGUGCUUUACUUCAAGUCAAAUGCCAGUCGUCGAUUCCGCAAACCCGGUGACCCUCAUGAGAACGAGGAAUUGAUCAAACACGCAUGGGGAGAGGACGUCUGGUUUCAUGUUGACAAGUUAUCAUCCGCUCAUGUUUACAUUCGAUUGCCCAGCUCGAUGCCCGACAUGGAGGCCAUCCCGGAAGCGUUACUACAGGACUGUGCGCAACUCGUCAAAGCAAAUUCUAUCGAGGGGAACAAGAGGGACAACCUUACGAUAAUCUUCACGCCAGCAUCUAACCUGAAGAAGACGGGAGACAUGGCGACGGGACAAGUGAGUUUCCACUCGGACAGGAUCGUCAAACGGGUCCAUGUUGCAACCCGAGUCAAUGCGAUCGUCAAUCGGCUGAACAAAACUAAGGUCGAACGCACAAUCGUCGACUUGGAGCAAGAAAAAAUCGAGCAUGAGAAAGAAGUCCAUCGGCUCAAACGUGCAAUUGCCGCUCAGAGAACGCAAGAGGAACAAGAGCUUCAAGCUCAAAGAAAAGCUGAGCAGGAGGCACGCUCCUAUGACAAGCUAUUCGAAAAACUAGAAACGGAAACCUAUCGGGACAAGGGAGAGAAGGUUGAAGGCUUCGACAGCGAUGAUGACUUCAUGUAG